GCCGACGCGCGGCAGUGAGCGCGCGGCGUGCGCUCUGGCCGCAGGCCGGGGCGGGUAAUUCCUGCACUCUUCCUCAGGGGGCUCUUCGGAGGAAAUUCAAAGGUAGAAGAAGCCUGUGAAAUGUACACCAGGGCUGCAAACUUGUUCAAGAUCGCCAAAAACUGGAAUGCUGCAGGAAAUGCAUUUUGUCAGGCAGCCAAGCUCCAUAUGCAACUACAGAGUAAACAUGAUGCAGCCAUCGGUUUUGUGGAUGCUGGGAAUGCUUACAAAAAGGCAGAUCCACCAGAGGCUAUAAACUGCUUAAAUGCAGCCAUCGAUAUUUACACAGACCUGGGCCGUUUUACUAUUGCUGCCAAGCAUCACAUCACCAUUGCAGAGAUUUAUGAGACUGAACUGGUAGAUAUUGAAAAGGCAAUUGCACAUUAUGAACAAGCUGCAGAUUACUACAAAGGAGAAGAAUCCAACAGUUCAGCUAACAGGUGUCUGCUGAAGGUGGCUGCAUAUGCUGCUCAGUUAGAGCAGUACCAGAAGGCAAUUGAAAUCUACGAGCAGGUUGGAACAAAUACCAUGGAUAAUCCUUUGCUCAAGUACAGUGCAAAAGAGUAUUUCUUUAAAGCUGCUCUCUGCCACUUCAUUGUGGAUGAGUUGAAUGCUAAGCUUGCUCUUGAGAAGUAUGAAGAAAUGUUCCCAGCAUUCACAGAUUCGAGAGAGUGCAAGCUAGUGAAAAAACUCCUGGAAGCCCAUGAGGACCAAAACUGUGAAGCGUACACUGAGGCAGUUAAGGAAUUUGAUUCCAUAUCUCGCUUGGAUCAGUGGCUUACGACUAUGUUGCUUCGCAUCAAAAAAUCACUUCAAGGAGAUGGUGAUGGAGACCUAAAGUGAAUUAUUUGUGGUAUAUGUGGCAUGUUGCCUAACUGCUAAAUAAUCUGUUUUUGUGUAAUGGCCAGGGACCAUUAUGGGAUACUUGACACUACACCUGGCUUAAUUUUGUUGCUUAUGAACCAAAUGACUGUAUUGUUAGUAUCCUGGUGUCUUUUUUUUUGAUGACAUGGAUGGAUAAGAAAUGAUACUCUUAAGUGUUGCUGACAGGUCUUCCGUAUGUGAGAGCAAUAGAGGGAUUCACAGACUUUUGAGAUCAGUGAAAGAAAUGCUUGGGGCAAAAAUCUUUAUUUUUAGUAGCUGAUGAGCCAAAAGUCUUCCAUUUUUAAAAUUUUUUUGGCUGCCAUUUCUCUACUAGCUCAUCGUCUUCAACAUUUUGGAUCCAUGCUUGUAAAUAUCUGUCCAUGACAUACACUACACACAAUAUUUUCUGAUCUAAUGCUAACAUAUUGCUAAAGUUCUGUUUUUUUUAAUGGACCUUAGUGAGACAUGUAGAUUUGUUUUUAAAAUCGACAAAGCUAUUUUAAUGCCAGUGAAAUGCCUGUGAUUUUUAGAUAGUGUGGAUGUGUAUAUACUAUACACAUCCAGGUGUGCAACAAUAAAUACAUAAUGGCUUGGGUCUAAAAACACUAAUCUUCAUAGGUGAGGGGUCUGCAUAUAAUAUAUUAUCAAUUACCUUCUCCCAAACCAUUCAUUAAAUAGGACCUAGCUUAUCGUGUAUUUUCUAUUUAAGAACUAUAUAUGAAAUGUAAGUUUCUUCUAUUUUUUUCUUGGAUAUAUUUUUCCA